CACCUCACAACGCGACAACCUCCGCUUGCGACGCGACGUUGUUGUUUUCCCGGGUCGUCGCCAGGCGCGCCGGGGCCAGACGGAAGCAAGUGGGAAGCAUGAAAAUCUCAAGAUUGCUAUCUCGCAUGAUCUCGCAACAUGGCAAGAAUGAAUCGACGAGCCGAUCCCAGGCCUGGCACGAUCGUCGAGGUCCAUCAAACGCCCAGAUCGCCAGAUCGCCUACACCCCCCACGCCGAUCAAGUUGUCGAGGCCGCCGAUCCACCGAUCCAUCCGAAGCUGCCGAUCCGCGCUCAGUCAGGUGCGCGUUGCCGCGGAGAUUCCAGUCACUUCCGCUCCACGUGGACGCCUGGCCACUCACCCAGGCUCGAUCGUGCCUCCAGUCAUGACGUCACGCCUCACCGACUCGGUCUCCAUGGGCCUGUCUUGGCGCUCAAAAGGCACCCACCCGGCGGCAACUCCCAUCUCAUCUCCUCUCACCUACCAUGAAUACAGCCAGCGACCGCUACGCGACCGAGUCGACCACGCUCGCGACGGGCGAGCCGCCCAUCCGCUCGCGCGUCGCGCCCGACAUCAACCCCAUCGGCGGCGGGAUCGUCGACGACUCGCAAGCAGGUGUGUACUCACGCCCGCAGAGUUGACGCCAGCCGACACGUCGCCGGGCGACGGCAAGACGUACGCAAAGCAGCUGUCGGGCGAGGAGAUUGCGCAGGCGCGCGCAUACGCUGCCGAGCACCAUAAGCCGGCAUCUCCCGAGUCCAAGCAUCCCUCGAUCAUGGACAAAGUCAGCGGCCUCGGCAAUGUCGUCGUCGGCAAGGUGUCCCACAACCCAGGCAAGGUCGCGUACGGCAAGGCCAAAGCGCACGGCGAGUUGUAGCGCUUCCCCGAGCCAUACCUAUCCAGCGUUAUAAUCUGAUGUCGACGUGGCGUGGGUGGAGUUGCGCAGCUCGUCAGAGAGCCGAUGCUGCGGAAGCCGCAUCAUAU